AUGGAUAACUCCACCAUAUUCUUCAUCGUCACCCUUGUGAUAGCAUUUACUUUUUUGCGCUGGCUCAUCGCUCCUAUCCCUCAUUCUGUUGCGGGUGAGUUCAACCUUCCUGAACCAGAUUCUCGUGAGAAUGAAGGGUCGCGUAAUCCAAGAAGACUGACACGAGCUGUCACUGAUUCCAUGAUAGAAGUUGUUCAGGCAAUCGGUCCACAGCUAAGCAGAGCUCAAAUUGUCCAUAGCUUAGAACAAACAGGAUCAGUGGAAGCUACUGUCGAGCAAUAUAUGGAGAGCGGAUCAUUGCCUUAUCCUCCUGGAGAGGCACCCCCAGAGAGAGAGGCAAACGAUGAUAAGCUGAAAAUUACAUCUGUCGAUCAAUCUCGAACAUUGCUUGAAAAGUACGCUGUCGUUGAGGAUGAUCAUCCUGUCGGCGAGGAAGAGGACGAGUCGCCUGGAAGAUGGGGAAAGGACAAGCAGGAAAGAUUAGAUAUUUUGCAAAAGAGACGAGAGCAGAUGAUCUUGCGUGCGAGACGCAGAAUGAAGCAGACUUUGGGAAACGAGGUUGCUGAGAAUGAACUUCUAGACAAGAGUUAA